AUGGGUAAAGAAAAGAAAUAUAUUAAUAUUAUCGUCAUGGGUCAUGUUGAUUCAGGUAAAUCAACUGUAUGUGGUCAUUUAUUUUGGAAAUUUGGUGGUAUCGAUAAGCGAACUAUCGACAGAUUCGAUAGAGAAGCGGCUGAAGUAGGCAAAAGUUUAUGUAAAUAUAGUUGGAUUUUGGAUCGGAUAAAGGUUGAACGUGAACGUGGUAUCUGCAUACGCAUUCCACCUACUCGAUUCGAGACGAAUGCGCACUAUAUUGAGAUCACCGACCAGCUAUGCGAUGAAAAUUCCAUCAAGAAUUUAUUUAUAGGUACUUCACAGGUCGAUUGUGCACUGUUGAUAGUAUCCGCUAGUUCAGGCGAAUUUGAAGCUGGUAUCUCUCGGGAAGGUCAAACCCGAGAACAUAUUCUGCUUGCAUCUACCGUCGGUAUCAAGCAAUUGAUCGUCAUUGUCAAUAAAAUGGACACAACAAAUCCAUCAUUUUCUGAGGUACGCUUCAAUGAAAUCAAAAGCGACAUAUCAAUAUAUUUAAAAAGAAGUGACUAUCAACCGGAAACAAUACCUUUUGUACCACUUUCGGGAUUGCGUGGCGAUAAUAUGAUUGAAGUUUCAGAUCAUAUGCCUUGGUAUCAAGGUUGGUCAGUUGAUCGUCAAGAAGGAAGUGUUUCAGGUGAAACACUAAUAGAAGCUCUUGGUGCUAUCAUUCCUUCACAACUCCCUAUUGAAAAACCACUUCGACUACCACUUCAAGAUAUAUUUCACAUUGAUGGUGUUGGGACAGUUCCUAUAGGUCGAAUUCGAAGUGGUAUACUCAAACCAAAUAUGGUAGUAAAUUUUGCUCCAUUAUAUUUAACAGCACAAGUUAAUUCAAUUGAAAUGUAUCAUGAAGCUAUGACAGAAGCUCUACCUGGUGAUAAUGUUGGUUUCAGUGUUCAAGGAGUUAGUGUUAAAGAACUUCAACGUGGAUUCGUUUGUUCAGAUGCAACCAAUGAUCCAGCACAAGAAGCUGCAAGCUUUACUGCUCAAAUUAUCAUACUCAACCAUUCUGGCACAAUCUGUCAAGGUUAUACACCGAUCAUUGAUUGUCAUACAGCUCAUAUUAGAUGUACAUUUGCUGAAUUGAUUUCAAAAAUUAAUCGUCGAUCAAGUAAGACUAUUGAAGAUCAUCCAAAAUUCCUCGAAGCAGGUGAUUGUGGUUUGGUAAAAAUGAUUCCAACAGAACCAAUAUGUGUGGAAAGAUUUGCUGAUUAUCCAUCACUGGGUCGUUUUGCUGUUCGUGAUAUGCGUCGGACUGUGGCUGUAGGUGUUAUCAAAGAUGUUGAAAAGAGAACGUUCUUAUCUGAUACGAUGGCCAACGUGAUCACUUAUAAUACCAUUAACAAAGAUAACAAAUAG